AUGGGUACAGAACAGAGUCCGUGCGUGGCUAGGCACCUAUGGCACGCCGGAGACUGCCGCGUAUGCCUACGACCGGGCAACGUACAAGCUCCAUGGGAAGUACGCGCAGCUCAGCUUCCCGAACCUGCGAAACUCGACACUGCUGAGGAUCGGGGGCCCAACUUGGUGGACUCGCUGAGGCGAACCGUGGACGCCAAGAUCCAGGCCACGUGGCAGAAGGUGAGGCGGGAGAAGAGGGCCUGGAGAACCGCGACGAAAAAAUUGAAAUGCGGCGAUGUUAUAAUUUUCGGUGAAAGCGAGGGGAAGGGUGCGGAGGCGACGCCUUCACCUGUCAGAACGCGGAAAGGGGAAGAUGGGUACCAAAAUUACCCUUCUUACUUUAUUACCGAUUUACCCUCUUUCUUACUUGAUCAUAAAUUUUGA